AUGCAACCGAAAUUAAAGCAUCGGCUCCAUGAUGAACAGUCGGAGCCGCCUUUGUUUGAUUUUGAUAUUGAUGAAGCAAAUGAAGCGGAUAGUGAAACUAUGACUGAUGUUGAAGAAGCAUCACUACAUGAUGAUUUACAACAGCAGACUUUAACUCGAAUUCAAUUAGAGCAAUUAUUCUCUCGAGCCAGUUCUGCAUUAGUUGCAGAAUCAACCAAUGAUCAAGAGUCUUUUAAACGUAAAACAACCAUAAAAGUACCAAAAACAAGUAAGAUGAUAACAACGCCAUUUCCACCCCCUCAAUCAGAUCGUCAAGAAGAUUUCGAUAUUAGUAUUGAAGAACUAAAACAGUUUGCUCAAAGACCGGCAGGUCAACUAAUUAUUGACAGAUAUUCUCCUAAUGACAAAGAAAUUUAUUAUGCAUUAUCAACUGUUACAUUAACAUUUAAUCAACCCAUGAUAAGUAUUUCAUCAUUAGAUGAACAGCGGAAUCCAGAAGAUCUAGGUAUAUCAUUAAUACCAAAAGUCCAAGGUCAAUGGAGAUGGAUAGACACGAAAACAGUUCAAUUUGAAGCAAAGCAUCGUUUUCCAUAUUCAACCAAGUAUGCAUUAACAGUGGACAAAAUUCGUUGCGUAUCAGCAAUUGGAGAAGUUCUACAAUACUUACCAGAUGAAAUAGUUUCAACAUUAAAGCCUCGAUGUUUUCUAUUAUUCGAUCAAAAAGUUCAUAUGAAUGAAAUUUUCAAGCAUAUAUGUGUAGUGCAUGGUGAUGGAAUUACAAUGGAGAACAAGGAAUUAGAACUAUUAGACGAAGACACAGCAGAAAAUGAAUUUAAAUGGUACUUAAAUCAAAAGGAAGGAAAUCGUCAAGAAUAUAUUGCAUUUACAUUUAAAAAUGAUUUAUUAAAGGCAACAGAAUAUACGAUUCUGUUAACUCAAGACUGUCCAUCAGCCGAAGGACCACUAAAGACAACAACAGAAUGGUCAGCUGAAUUCUGCACUUAUGAACCUUUAAAAAUCAUUGAUUGGUUUCCGAAUAUAAACGAUGAGGACCAGCAGACUGUUGGUCCUGGUCAAAGUUGGUCAAUUAGAUUUAAUAAUUCCUUAGAUCAUUCAGCGAUUAAAAAAUCCAUAUUCAAAGUCGAGCCGAUACUUAAAGAAAAAGUUCUUCUAGGUAUUGAACAUACAAACGACUAUAGUAAAAAAAUAACAAUACUUAAUAAUUCUCAACCAAAUACUGUCUAUACAUUAUCUAUACAACCAGGAAUAUUAAAAGACGUUUAUGGUCAAACAUUUGAACAAGAUCCUACGGAAGAACCAAUUCAAUUUCACGUAGAAGAAUCAAAUUCACCAUUAUAUGGAAUAUUGAGGGGUGAAUCAGAUAAGGACGGUACGUUAACUGCAUUGGUUACUAAUUUAAUGACUGGUAUACCCAUCGAUCAAGCAACUGUUUCAAUAUUGAACCAAAAAGAAAUGACAAAUCAACAAGGAUUAUGUACCAUUGGAAGGUGCAAGCCACAAGAAAACACAAAAAAAGAAAUAUUAGUCGUAGAGAAAGGUGAUGAUCUCUAUAUGGAAGUAGAUAUCUACCCUUCUCGAUCAACUGAUGAUGUUUACGUUUGGCAUGUAUUCAAUGAUCGUGGCUUGUACAGACCAAAAGAAGAUGUACAUAUAAAAGGUUAUGUUCGAUUAGUGAAGAUAGAAGGUGAAGCAAAAAUACCUACUUAUGCCCAAGGUGUCAUUGAUUAUAUAAUUUGUGAUCCUCGACGUGAACAACUUCAAGAAUCAAAAGUGAAAUUGAAUCGUUACGGAGCAUUUGACAUCAAGUUUACAUUACCUGAUAAUGUUAACUUAGGUACAGGAUACGUCGAAUUCCGUCUACCAGAUUCAAAAAGCGAAACAACACAUUAUUUUGAAAUUCAAGAAUUUCGAAGACCAGAAUAUGUAGUCUCAUCAAUGAUUCGAUCGUCAACAGCAUACUACUGUCAUCCAACGGUUGAUAAAUACGUUGUCAUUAGUUGUGAAGGAAAACUAUUUGCUGGUGGAUAUCUAAGUGAUGCAAGCGUUCAAUGGAUAGUACAAGCUGAAUCAACAACAUAUACACCGGCUAAUAGGUCUGAUUAUAUAUUUGGAAGAGCGCAGUCAUUCUCUUACUUUUCUCGUCGUCAUACUCAAAACAAUAUAUCAUACCCAAAAAAGCAUUUUCAGGGCAAAACAGACAAUAAAGGCCAACAUGAAAUAAGAAUUAUUUAUCAUGGCAUUGCACAAGAACCAAUCAUUGUUCGUGCAUUAGCAGCUAUCACUGAUUUGAAUUCUCAAACACAAGAAACAGGAAGAGAUUUUCUCAUACAUCCAUGUAGAUAUUAUGUUGGAUUUCGGUACGUAAAAAGUUGUGGUAAGAAAGGAGAACCUGUUCGAACAGAAGUCAUCGUAACAGAUAUUGAUGGAAAUUUGAUUAACGAUAUUUUGAUUCAAUGCGAAGUCAUUGGAUAUGGCAAGGAACAAAAAGAAGAUCAGAAUGGUUUAACAAUAUUUGAAGAAAUAACAGAUGAACAAAAAUUAACAGUUGUUAGCUCAAAUAAAGAUGCAGUUAUUCUUGAUUAUAUACCAAAACUAGGGGGUAGAUACAAUAUAUCGUAUAGCGUCAAAGAUGAACAAGGACGAUUAGCUAUGAGUUCCUAUAAAAACUAUUACGUCUACGGUGGUAAAGAAAAAGAAAAAGACAAUGACAAUGACAAUGAAAAAGAAACAGAUGAACAUGAAGUAAAUAGCUAUGUUCCAAUGGACUCAUUGGGAAUUAUUCCGAAUGCAAAAAGUUAUGGACCAGAAGACAUGUGUGAAUUACUCAUUAUAGCUCCGUUUAGUCCAGCUAAUGGUCUCAUUCUGCUCGAUUGCGAUGGUCAAGUGUCACAACCAAUAGGAUUUCAAAUAGAAUCCGGAAAAGAUUCAGCAACUGUUGAAUUUAAAAUAUCAAAAGAUUGGAUACCAAAUUUUACGGUUCAUGCUGAAUUAAUCGGGUCAACUCCAAGAGAAAUGAAAGUAACCGAUUCACCAUAUCGUCCAGCAAUUGCUUCUCAUUCCAUGUCAUUAGAGGUAUCAAGAGAUUUCUAUAAGCUAAAUGUUUCGGUUGAUACAUAUGAAUCAAAUAAAAUCUAUACACCAUCAUCGACCAUCCAUAUCGAUAUCGACGUUAGACAGUAUGUCAAUAAUGCACCUGCUAAAAAAGCAGAAGUUUGUUUAAUUGUUGUUGAUGAAGCAAUCUUAUCAUUAACUGAUCACAAAUUACAGAGCCUGUUAGAAAUAUUUUAUCCUGGUCGAUCGAAAAAGAUUACACAAUUUCAUAGUAGAACUCGUUGCUUGCUAUUCGAUCCACAGCAAGUAGAACACCUUAAGAAAAAGAUAAAAGAAAGUCUCUACUCAGACGAAGAUGGAGGUUGGGGUGGUGGAGGCGGUGGUGGUGGUGAGCGCCGCGGUAAGUUUAAGUCAAGUGCCUACGACCUUGGGCAAAAAAUAAAUGUUCGGUCGAACUUCAAUCCCCUCGCAUGUUGGACACCUUCGUCAGUCACUGAUUCCUCUGGGCGUGUUUCAAUUGAAAUCAAAUUACCUGAUAAUCUUACACGCUACCGUGUGUGGGCACUAGCAACCAAUGAUAAACAAUAUGGUUUCGGUGAAAUGUCACUUACUGUACAACUACCGAUUAUGAUUCGACCUUCACUACCAAGAUUUCUGAAUUAUGGAGAUACGGCAUAUUUCUCAGUUAUUUUACAAAAUCAAACCGAUCUAUCACUACAAUUACAUACUGGUUUGAAGGCAACCAAUGCAAAAUUAUUAACAGCACAAGCAAAUCGACCAGCAUUUGGCUAUUCAAUUGUUCUACCACCAAAUAAACGAGCUGCUAUUACGUUUCCAAUAGAAACAGUGCAUGCUGGUACAGCUCGAUUUCAGUUUAUAGUCAAUACUCCUAGAAAUAAAGCAUCUCCAUCACUCGGUGAUGCCAUCGAAAUAGGUUUGCCUGUAUUUAUGCCAGCGACAUCAGAAGCAUUUGCAACAUACGGUGAUACACAUGAAGAAGUUGUUUUACAGCCAAUAAAGACACCAAAGCAUGUUCUUCCACAAUACGGUGAACUAUCAAUAACAACAAGCUCAACAGCAUUAGCAUCAUUAACUGAUGCAAUUAUUUCGCUUUAUACAUAUCGAUUUGAAUGUACAGAACAAUUAAGUUCAAGAAUAUUAGGUAUACAAUCACUGUGGAAUGUUCUGCAAGCAUUUCAUUGUAAACAAUUACCUGAUAUAUCAGUAUUGAAAACAAAAUUAGAAUCAGAUAUAAAUAUGUUAAAAGGUCGCCAGUAUCCAAAUGGUGGAUUUGGUUACUGGACAAAUCAAAAAGAUUCUCAUCCUGAUCCAUAUAUGAGUGUCCAUGCUGCUCAUUGUUUAGCUGUCGUUUUAAAUAAAAAGGUAUUUGACGUUGACCAUAAUAUGCUGGAAAAUACGUUAAAAUAUCUUGAAAAUAUUGAAUCUGAAAUUGAUCAAUUACCCUACAGUAAACAUUGGUCGGAAAAAACUCGAUUUAGUUUGAUCAGUUAUGCAUUAUAUGUACGAGCAAAAUUUCUUCAAAACAUAGCUGAUCAAGCUUUACAAGUAUUUCAGCGAAGUGGAUUGGAUAAACUUAGUUUAGAAGCAUUAGGAUGGCUAUUAGUCGCCUUGUCUGCUGACAAAAGUCAUGAUAAUCAUCAAACAAUUGAACUAAUAUAUAAAUAUUUAAAAGGUAAAGUAAACGAAACAAGUGAGACAGCGAAUUUUAUCACAUCCUAUGGUGAUGAUGGUCAAUCAGUAAUGUUCCAUUCAAAUCAACGAACAGAUGAUAUUCUAUUAGAAUCAUUAUUGUAUAUUGAUCCAGAAUCCACCCUUUGUACUAAAUUAUGUAAAGGUUUACAAGCACAUAAAGUGAAAGGUGCAUGGAAAUCAACACAGGAAAAUUGUUUUGUAUUAAUUGCAUUAGAUAAAUAUUUUCACAUUAAAGAAAAAGAUACACCAGAUUGUGUUGUUAAUAUUUGGUAUGACAAUGAUUAUUGCGGUCAACAUCAAUAUAAAGGUCGAACGACAAAUACAUAUACAGUGAGUAUUCCGAUGAGAGAAAUUCUAGCGCCGUCAUCAUCAUUUAACAUGGGUAGUAACGAUAAGGACGUAGUGAUGCAUAAACGUGGCAAUGGUCGAUUAUACUAUCGUAUUGCAAUGGAUUAUGCUCCAUUAAGUCUACAAAUAAAUGCAGCUAACUAUGGUUUUAAAAUUGAACGAACAUACACAGCUAUGGAUUAUUCAUCAUAUGUUCAGCAGCAAUCCAAUGGAACUUGGAAUUUCAAACUAAAUGAAAAAAUUAAAGUCACAUUAACAAUGUCAACAACACAACAACGAUAUCAUGUAGCAUUAGUUGAUUAUUUACCAGCUGGUUGUGAACCAUUGAAUACGAAAUUUAACGGUACUUUGACAGAUUAUACAAAUUCAUCAGUAGCAAGAUCAAAAAGAAACAGCCGCUAUAAUGAAUAUCGAUUAUAUUCAACGAUUGGUUGGACUGAAUAUGAAAAUUUAAGAGAUGAACGUGCUGAAGCAUUUCGAAGAUUAUUGUGGCCUGGUGUAUACGAAUGGAGUUAUGUUAUGCGUGCAACAUGUGCUGGAACGUUUAUCAUUCCACCAGCUAAAGCUGAAGAAAUGUAUUCACCUGAAAACUUUGGUCGAUGUACAACAGAAAAAGUUAUCAUUGGCUAA